AUCAAAAGGGGAAAAAAUAUGAGUCCUAUCAGAGACUCUCAGAUCUGGAUCCAGAGUGACGCGACUUGGCUCCAGGCAAGUGAUCGACUGAGCCUCUGGAAGGUCUCUGCAACAGAUUUCUACCCUGAGGGUCCUGGGGGCUGGUGCCUGAGCCUGGCUGUGCGCAUCGAAGUGACGCGAUGGACGUUCUAGCAUAGUUUUUAAGUCAUUGUCACUCACUUUCACGCCGUUCUGCUAGAGGGCUAUUCACUUCCGCUCCCUAUCCCAACGACAGUACGGAGUGACUUUCUGAAGAGCACAUGUUAUUGAGAAGGAAUUUCAAGUUGAAGUCACCCACUUAGAGUCGUUGAUGGCUCAAACAGAAAGUGGCGCUGGCAAGCGUGGCAAGGAAGAGGAAACCCUGAGUUGAGUUGAUCUUGGAUGUUGUUGUGUUCGAAGAGGGCGUCAUGCAUCAGCGUACAUACGUUCGUAAUUGAAACAACGUGGUAUUAGGUCAGCCGUUGUUAGAGCAAGAGUUGCCGAAACCUCCUGAACUGUGGAAGGGUUAUGAUAUGUCUUCGUCAAGGGUUAACGAAAAUGCGGAGAAACCGGACAAAUACUUGUUUUCGACUACAGGGAGAAAAUUGAUCAGGUGUUCAGUCUGUCGGUGCAACAUCAAGCGAACAAAAUUCCCGGAUCAUAUGCUGAAGAAGCAUGGACUUGUGAAGCGUCGACAACCAAAUGAGCUUGGGGUACUUCGAUCAGAUCCCUCAUUUCCUGACGUGUCGUCCGCGAGCGGCGAAGAAAUUGCACCGUACGUGGAACCAGAUUGUGCAGCACGACAUUCAGAGGCGUCGAAGCGUCCAGUAACAGCAGGAUUGGAUGGUGUAGUGCAAUCAUCUCCACAAAACGGGCAUGAACUUGAUCCGUGCGUGGAUUCAAGUGACGUUUAUCAGCAUAAGCCAGUAGCUUCAGCCGUACCGAGCAAGGAUUCGAGUUCUCCUUCAGAUGUUGAUGUUGCGUCAAUUGAAUUGAGGGAAAGUGAGAAUGCUGUAGUUAUCCAGGGUGUCUUAGACAUCACGAACGAAGCCCUGAGUGACAGUUCUGCUCCUUCUUUAUCCCACUCGAUCAACUCAAGAUCUCCCCGACCAGCGCAAGCUGAAGCAUUUCCUGAGCAAGAAGACGUGGAUGAUUUUGUUGUUCCGGAAGCUGAACUGAAUAGCUUUGAAAUGAUCGCAGACAAUAUUGAGCAUGUUACGAGAGGCCUGGAGAAGUUCGACCUAGACUCAUCCAGUGAACAUGGAUCUGAAACUGCGUCCAGAGAUAGUAACUCCAUAUUUGGAUCAGCCUUGCCGCAGCAAGGAUAUUCAGCUGAAGAUGUAUUUUCUAAUGUUAAGGAAGUUGUGUUGGCUUCCGGAGGAGGGAGUGCGCGACUAGCACAUGACUCUCUUGCGAUGGUUGCCAUCACCUCUCAUGCUGUUGCUGCCCAGAUGACCCUGCAGCCGCCGAAUGCCUUAUCCAAGACGAUUUCGAGGAUUUAUUCGGAUGCAGCUAUAUGGACCAGUCGAUUGUUCAAGUAUCGAUCUGCGAGCUCUUUUUUUCAUGAAGACUCUCGAGAAGGUCUUCUGCGGAUUUCCCGGAUGCUCAUGCACUCGAAAUACCCGGAGUACAAGACGAAAGGAUUUGAAGCUAUUAUUGAUAGUCCCCCAGUAAUCUAUGUGAGCUCUGCAUCCCGUAUCGGAAUUGGCCAAUACGUGUGCUCUCAACUUGGUCUUCCAUCUACCUGUUUGACCGUGGUUCCCACAAAAUCCUUGACAACUACUGAUGGGGACGCUACUGUCGAUCAUGCUGUAGACUUGACGUGUCUAGAGGAAGAAAUCAAGAAGGAUGAAGCCGCAAAACGUACCCCUUUAAUUGUUUUAGCUUAUGCAGGUACUCCUGCAUUGGGGCACGUUGAUGAUUUGGUUUCUUGUCUGGAAAUCUGCCGAAAAUACGGACUUUGGUUGCAUGUGGAGGGUAGUUGUCUUGCUGCCUUGCCCCUGUCUUCAUCAACAAAUGUGACCGUUGAAUCAUUUGCUGAUAGCAUAUCAGUUUCUCCAUCAUCCUGGCUGCGCAUCCCGGCUUUACCAAAUGUCACGCUUUACCGACUGCUUGAUGCAAAAGUUGUGCAAGCAAGUGGAUUGAACUCCGUCAACAUGCUACUGAAACUGGCUUGUCUCCCGCUUUGGACUACUUUGGCAAAUGCUGGAAUAAAUGGAGUUGUCGAAAGACUUCGUGUGCCUUUCAGAUUCAUUCUGGAGCUUGUUUCUAGGCUGAAGGAAAUGCCUCAAUUACGCGUACUGUCGCCGGCAUCAAUUGGAAACGAUUUCACGGCAGACUUGGAUAGUAUUCUUUCUCGUCCGUUGGGCAUCCAGAGCUUGUUCACCAAGUUGGUUCCUGCUGUUACGUUCAAGUAUGUUCCUGUAGCUGGUGAAAUGAAGCACAAUGACGCCUACUGCGAUAAUUUCAAUUCGUGGCUCGCACAAAUUUUGAAGAAGGAUUACGGAAACGCGCAUAACCUGCUCAUCGAUGCUUUACAUUCUGAAGACGUUGGAGUGGCCUUGCAGUUCAUGCCUUUUGAUUAUGCUCAUCGUUUCGGAGAUUCUGGUGAUCCCCCAUUGCCAGAAAAUGAUGAAAUAAGUGCCAGUGUGGAAAAUUUCUGCGACCACUUGCAACAGCAAUUGCUUGUUCUGGAUGCUACUGUUGGACAUCGGGAAAAAUUUCUUGCAGUCGUGAAACUCAGCCGGAGAUUUCAGGUGGUUGAUGUGAAAGGUUGGGCUGGAUUGGGGGCAGUGCGAUAUAUCCCAAAGAAAUUUCUGACUUCGGGCAAGAGUCUGGCAGCAAGUGAAAAUGGAGACGAGAUUCUUGAAUUAAACGAAGAUGGUGAAGUGCUGAUGACAAGGAAGUUGUGCGACUUAUUGGAUGCCGAAAGACAAGAAAUCGAAAAAUUGAACAUCGAAUUGGUAGUGCAGUUGCGAGGAACAGAUCCAGCUUUUUCUAAAGGUACUGGAGACGAUGGUCUGGUUUGCGUCCGAUUUGGAAUGGUGAUGGAUGGUGCUGACGUGGAUGAGCUUGUCGACGUUGUGCUACAAACUGCUGAAGACAUUGAGGACUCGUCACAGUUCGUGGAAAGCAUGGCUGACGUUGUGAGACAAGGGAUUGUCGCAGCGGAAACUGCGUUGAAAAAAGAAAACGAAGAAAAGAUUUGGCAGGAAGGUAUUUUGAGACACGUGCCCCUUGUUGGAUCCGUGUAUAACUGGCUUUCUCCGCCCCCGAAAGAGGCAGGAAUCAAGGGUAGAACUUUUCAUCUGGAUGCAGGGGUGAUCGAGAGUACGGAAAAUAUUUACAAAUACCACAUGCAACUGAACCUUGGGGAGAAGGUGAAAUCAGCAAAGAUCGACUCUCCAAAAGAACGUAAGACAUCUGUUGCGGAACAAUUUGAAACCAAGCCAAAAGUGGAAGUGGAACCAGAAACGCAAGAAGCCUGAUGAAAAAAUCAAGUUGCCACCGCGCAAUUUUUCUUCUUGCACGAGGGUUCGAUCAUUUUGCACUUUCUCGGGUGAUGAAAAAUACCAAUUCGCGAUUUGGUCGUCAUACGUCAUUUUUUCUCCUGCGUUGAUUACGUUCAUGACAUGGAUUGUACUUGGAUUUUGAUCUCGGUUAGCACCCGCUUGCGUUUUCGCUGAAAGUGCUAGUUAUUCAAGGGAGUUUUUCGGCCUGUGGUGAUGGUUCGCACGGAGUGAAUUGUGAUAAUCGAGAGUUUUAUUUUCUUUGCUCUUAAACUUGAAUCGCUAAGUUUUCUCAUUGAGACUUUGGGUACACGGUGAAGUGAUUAAGUACGGUGUUGCAGGUUGUGCUUUUUCGCGUUAGUCGUCUACGCGGAUGACGUACGAAAUUCAUCGUUCCGGUAGCGCAUAUUUAACCAAAGUUACGUUGUUGUGGAUUGGAAGGUGCACGGAAUGAUUAAAUUAUUGACUGAAGCUGUCGUUCA